AUGGAUAAUACUAUGAAUUAUUAUGAACUACUUUAUACUGAGAUACCCUCUUUACAAACUAAGGAAUUUUAUAACUUUUAUAAUAAAUUUAAUAGUGUAUUAUCUCAUGAUGCUAAUAAUGGCAAUGCUUGUGAAUUUAGUCACAUAAUAGAAUCUGUUCGACAAAACGUUAAAGAUCUUUAUAAACAACUGAAUUGCAAUUUAAAAUUCUUGUACGAUGAUAAUAACACUUAUUUUAAGAAUAUGAAAGCUGAAAAAACACGUUAUUGUUUUUAUUUAAAAUAUUGGUUUCAUGAUCGCAUAAUUCAUGAAAAUAAAAAAGAACAAGAAGUGAAAAUUUUCUUAAAAGAUUGGACAAAAAUAAAAAAUAAAUUAAUUAAUGUCACCGAGUGCAAUUUCAUCAAUAUGAAUUCGAAUGAAUUUAUUUUGUUAAAAAAGGUGUAUGACCUAUUAUUAUUUUAUGAUAAAUACGAUAAAAAUUUAAAUAUUAGUAAUGAUGAAAUAUCAGGUUCAAAAUAUUGCUCAUAUAUUAGUGAGGCAAAUAUAUUUUAUCAAUUCAUUAAAAGUAAAUGUGAUAAUGCUGAAGAUGAAGCAAAUUAUUGCCCAGAAUAUUUAAAAUACAUAAAGGAAUAUAUUGAUUCAGAUAGACUUAGUUUAUUGGAAUGCAAAAGUGAAAAAAAGGAUAUAGUACUUACUGAUAGUGAACUUAAUGAAUAUAGAGAUAUAAUACAAAGUGAUACAGAACUUACUUCAGAACAGAAAAUUCAGCUAUUGAAUAUGUAUGAAAGGAAACCUACUAAUAUUGACUCAUUAAAAUCUUCAACUAAUGCUACCAUAACAACACUAGGUACACUGUUAGGAAUGUUUUCAAUUAUUUUCCUUUUUUUUAAGGUUUAUUUACAUUCAUUUAUAAUAUAUGGUUAUUUUAUGAAAAAAUGUAAGAUAAAUUUUUAUAUGA